AUGGCUAGCAAGUGGUCAUGGUCAUCAACGGGCAACGAAGUGGUGGAUGAGUAUCCCGGGCAAAUCAAGGGACGCACUUUUUUGAUUACCGGCCCGAGCGACGGUGGAAUUGGAGCAGAGACCGCUCUUUGUCUUGCAUCUCAAUCCCCAUCGACUAUCAUUCUUGCCGGCCGUGAUAGAGCCAAGAUCCAACCCGUCAUCGAUAGAAUUACUCACAUCAACCCUGAAGUUAAUACGAUAUUUAUUACUCUCGAUCUUAGUGACCAAGCUUCGGUGCGAGCAGCAGCAGCAGAAGUCAAGAAUCAGGUUGACCAUAUCGAUGUACUGAUCAACAAUGCCGCAAUAAUGGCUUGUCCAUAUAGCUUAACGAAGGACAACUUGGAGGUUCAGUUUGGGACAAACUUUCUCGGUCCUUUUCUUUUCACCGGUCUAUUACUCCCCAAGCUUCGUGCUGCAGGACUUGGGUCACGCAUUGUAAAUGUGAGCAGCUCCGCGCAUCGCUUUGAGGGGAUUCGAUUUCAUGAUAUCGAUUUCGAGAAUGGACGCGCUUAUGAUACUUGGAAAGCAUAUGGUCAAUCAAAGACUGCACUGAUCCUGAUGGCUAUUCAUAUGGCCAGCAAAGUCCCUAGCAAUGAGAUCGCUACGUUCUCUGUGCACCCAGGAAGCAUUGCAUCGAAUCUGCAACGACAUGUGGACUCUGAGUCGAUCUCAGAUGCUAGAGUGAAGUCGCAGAAUAUCACCGACUAUGAAGUCACCGACAGAAAGACUCUUCAGCAAGGCUGUGCUACGACUUUGAUUGCAGCUCUGGAUCCUCGUCUAAAAAAAUUUUCGGGCUCAUAUCUCAGCGAUGGACAGUUGAAGCAACAGGCAGACCAUGCGCGCGGGGCAGAUAAUGCUGAGAAGUUGUGGCAUUUGGGCGAGGAGAUUCUUGGACAAAGAUUCGCGAUUAACUGA